AUGAAAGUUGGCAUUUGGUCCAUGUUGUCCUCCAGCUUCAUGGCAUUUUGUGCCCUGCUCUUCUUUGCCUACCUGGUAGACUUGGCUUCCUUCAUUCCAUCUCCAAUGCUAGGUUUUUGCAUACUUGUGUGGGGUGCAGCCCUUGGCAUUGAUCUCCCAAUAGGGGAAGUAGAAAAGUUUGGCUUGAUUAUCUUGGUCAAGUUAGUGGGAGCAAUGGUACUUCUACACAAGGAACACAGUACUUCAGUGCUAGCUCUGGCAGUGCACUCUUUCCCUCCCUUGACACUGGUAUCUUCUAGCUCUGGCAAUACCCAGUCAUCUUUGGUCAAUCUCGAAGCCUGCAUCAUCAGUACAGUGCAGUGCCACUUAGCAGACUUCCAGGGACCAAUGGAUGAGAAAUUCUGCAAUGAUAUUGACUUUUGGAAUCAUGCAGAGGUCUGUUUCUCCACCUUCCUAUGUUGUGUUCUGUCUAAGAUAAUGUACCAGCAGCAGGGGCAAACAGAAUCAGUAGGAUCAAAGAAAUUGUUCAUUCCUGGUGCAUGGUCCCAAUUGGAUGGACAAACCAAUAAGAAAAACACAGAGAAGCAUGGCAUUUGCAACCAGGCAACUAACUCCAAACAAUGA